GCCUCAGCCCAGACUCCGGCUCUUCCGCCGUCCGUUUCAAACAUCCCGCCGGGCCCUUCGCACCCCGCCUCCUAUCGACGCAAUCGGAGCUCGGCUACUACUGCCUGCCCACCCGACUUCCGGGAAUUUCUCAGGGAAUCCCGCGGCCCGUCUCUGAUCCCAGCGGCUCAGGCGAAGCUAGGCGAUUGCCGAGCCAAGCUUCUCCUGGGUUGCGGGUUCUCUGGCUUUUUUCAUUCUUGGAAAGCGGCGGACGGUCGAUGCAGGUACAAUCCAUCUUAAAUUGUGCUUCAAAACAAAAUGGCUGCAGCAAUAGAAGCAAUUAAAAGUAAAAGACCAUGUGAAGAUGACAAAAUUGUGGAAGAACCCUCAGAGCCCAAAAAGAAGAGAAAACUUGCUGAAGAGGAUGCUUAUCAAAACCAGCACAAAGUGAUGGAGAAGAAACCUCGCCUGUCAACUGAAGCCUUUGGAGAUUGUGAAAUCGGCUAUGACCAACUGCAUGAAUUUCUGAAAUACGCUGCGUUGGGGAAAGGUCAAAAUGCUGUUCAGCCCAGGUGGUGCCGUAUUCAUCACCAAAGGCAUUUGACCAGUACGGUAGUGGUGGUUCUCCAUGAACUGAGUCAGAUCCACUUCUACAGGUUUUACAUGCAGUUCAAGCAUCUCCGCAAAACCUUCAGGCAUCGCUUCUCUUUGCCACCUGUCUCCAGUUUUACAGAAGCACUUUUGGGUGCAGGAAUAAAUGGCAAUCCACUACUCGGCAGAGAAGAACUGAAGAAAGAUCCAGUAAUUCAGAAAUACGGAGAAGAAAAGCGUGGGCUAUCCAGUUACAUUCUAACCCAAGAACAGAUGCGUCGCUACAACUACCCUCUAGAAGGGUCCAGCGACUGCAGCCAUUUUGUUUCCACCUGUCACAACGUCCCGCCUUCAGAUGACAGUCCCCUUUUCGGACUGGACUGUGAAAUGUGCCUCACCGAUAAAGGAUCUGAACUCACCCGCGUCUCAGUGGUGGAUGCCAGCGGCCAGUGCAUUAUGGAUGAGCUUGUAAAGCCCUCGUCACCGAUAAGGAAUUACCUUACAAGGUACUCAGGAAUCACAGAGAAGCUGCUGCUUUCAGUCACCACCAAGCUCGUCGACGUCCAGGCCCGGGUGAAGAGCCUGCUUCCUCCGGAUGCUGUUUUAGUGGGUCACUCUCUAAAUUUUGACCUCCGAGCUUUAGAAAUGAUACAUCCCCAUGUGAUAGACACGUCAGUCCUUUUUGCCAGGAAGGGAGGCAAAAGAUUCAGACUGAAGUUCUUAGCAAAAGCAGUUUUAAGGAAAGAAAUCCAGCGCACAGACCAAGAGGGUCAUGAUCCAACCGAAGAUGCCACAUGCGCCCUCCAACUGGCCCAGUUUUUCCUGGAUCAGGGACCGAGAAAGGUAGCAGAGCUGAACCUGGAAGUCCAGUGGCUGGAACAGAGCCAAGCCCGGGAUGCAAAGAGGCACAGCUUGCCAAAACUGAAGAAUGGGAUCCCAAAGCAGCCGAGGACACCCGUCCAAUGGCUUCUAGACGCCUUGCCGUCUCUCAGUCAAAAGGAACUGCUUCUGGGAGGACAAAGCGACACUUCUCCUGACAGCUUCUCCUCUCACCAAUGCAAACAGAUUCUCCAGCAAGCCUUGGAAGAGAUCCCCAAGUCAUCGUUCCGCAUCAUUCAGUUUCCUUCAGAUCCACGAUACCUGACCCCCUGCCUUGCUGCAAGCCUCAGAGCAAAACUGCGGACUAAGCUGACCGACAUGCUGACGGUUUAUGCAGGUCCAUUCGGAAAGGGCUUGUCCUUGAGGGCUCUGAAGAGGACCUUUGGGAACUACGGACAUAUUCGGUCAAUCAGAGUCAUUGCAGAAACUCUGGAGCCCCAUGUCUGUAUCCAGUAUGAAGUUCUAGAGGCAGCCCAACUUGCUAUAGAGAAUCUGAAUGGAGCGGAAGUUGCAGGAUCCUGUAUGAAGGUGCAAAGACCCAUCACUGAAAUGACACUUGAUUGUGAGACACUCCUGAAGCAGCUGGAAAUGGAUGUCGACAAUGAAGGUGUGAUUUACGUGGCAGGAUUGGAGGAGACCCACAGUGAGGCAGAUUUGCGAGACCAGCUGGGUUUCCUGAAAGAUCUGAAGUCCGUGUUCCGGCCAAGGGAUCCCAGAAGCGGAAGACAGAGAAAUUACUGUUUUCUCAAAUUUCCAACAGCGGAAAGCUCCUCCAUGGCCCUCCAAGCCAUCAAGGAGCAGGCCUCCCGAGGAGGAAAACUGCACAGCAGGAGUGCAUUGAUGCCUCCACAUCUCCACCGGUGGCUCCACCAGGAGAAUCGCAAUGGCGAACGUCCCACUCCUCCCCAGCUGCCACACAAGGUUGGCCGCCCACUGAAGGAACAGCUGUUUGCUUUGGAGCAAGACUUAAAGAUUGCAAUGAAGGCUUGUGACCACUGGAUCAAAAAGCUGUACAGAGGUUUGCCCAGCCGUACGCUUUGUGUCAUCCUGUUCCCAGGAACAGACAGAGUCUCCGUGUCCCUCCCUGGCUUCUGCCUCCUGACCAUCAAAGACAGCAGCAGCCUCCCCUUUAACCUACCUGGUCGGAUUCCCACUGCAGUCUCGUAGAGGACUCUACAAGAUGCAUCUUCGCCCUGGACACGAGCACGUUUUUCCUCCCUGCUGAUAUUUUAAAAGAUGAAAAGAUUUCAGAAUAAGCCAGGCCGGUUCCUAAGACAAUAAAGGUUUUUGCCAUUUCAGCCACUCAGCUGGCCGCUCACCAAAUGCUAUCGAGGAAAAGAAGCUGACUGAAGUUCAGGGGUCUGUGUUUGCGAUGCAUGGAACAAUCUGACCUGGAAGGAAAGAGUGAGUUUGCAGUGGGUUUUCAAAGGGCCCCGUGUUGUGUUUGGCAAACCUCGAUGAAAGUCCUGGCUCCAGCAGCCGGCCAGGGCAAAGCCCCUCCACAAAAGAAGCAUUGUGGGUCACGAAGACUCCCCAGGGCUCUCUGCCUGUUAAGGCCCCCCUGAUUUAACUUCUCUCUGAUGGCCUCUGCGUUCUUCACCACACAAGGUCUGAAGGAAACAGCAAACGGGAGGAAAAAAACACGGGAACAUUCACCCAGAGGCAAAUGGAAUCUCUGAUUCAUGAAUUUUUGGUCCAUUUCCAUACUCUUUGUAAAAGGAAUGGUUUCAGACCAGUGAGUGGCAGGAGAGGAAGGGAGAAACUGUGACGGAGGGAGGAAUGUCUGAAGAGCGGAGAGGUUGUUUGCAAACCCGCACCACUGCAAUCUUAACAGGACUGGACUGCUUUAGAAAUCCUUGUAGCAAGGUGGGGGGGUGCAUGUUCUCUGAGCAUGUGCAGAAUGUUUCCACUCAUACUGUGAUUUUUUUAAUUUACUUGAACACAAAUCAUUUCCAGGCAUCCACAGAGUGGCCUUUUUUUGGAAGGGUGGGGGAUAAAGAACCUUGCUUCAAACUGGAUGUCAUUUCAGAAAUAAAAAAUGCACAAUUUUGUACACUGUU